AUAGUAUUUAUAAUCGAAAAUUAAAAUGAAACUUCCCAGAAUAAAUGUCACCAGCGAACAGGACUCCAAAAUAUCGACCAAGGUAAAAUACUUCAGUGGAAUACCUAUUUUAGAGACACAGUGGCCCUUUCUUCAGGAGCAGCAAAAAGGAUGGGAUAGAGGAAAUAUAACUUCUAGAGCGCAAUUGAGAAAUGCCCAUAUGGACUGAAUUGCUAAGAAGAGUAAAUCGUUUCUCAUGAAAAUCUUCGAGAUUUCUAACCAAUUCUGCGAAACUGAUAGAAGAUUCGCAGAAUUAGAAGCACAAAUUCCACAAAAAGAGAUAGACCAGCUCAAUAGGUCUGCAGUAGAGUACCUCAAGAAGUUAGCAGUUCCGCUAAUACUCCUUAAUAUACUGUUGUACAUAAUCAAGGCACUCAAGUCACCAAGGACACAGCAAGAUCAUGAUCAAGUAGUUGCUAACUUCUUAUUUUUGGUACUUUCAUGAGCCCCAAUAUAUUUCAUAUUGUUAUCGAGUAUCCAAGAGCCAACUCUGGGUAAGCCCAUCAUUUGGGUUUGGUUUAGAACUUGAUUGUUCUGAAUUGUUCCACCAGCUUUAGAAAUUUUGAAGAGCUCAAAGAAAUUAGCAAAGAACAAGAUUCUUCAGACUCAAGCACGAAUUUUAGUGUCAAGUCUCUGAAAAUUGAAUGGAAAGGCCAGCCUUCAUUCUUGCAUGUCUUCAUUGAUACAACAGAUAUUAUCAAAUUAGAAGAAGUCAAGAACAGAAUCAAGAUGCAGAGAGUGAUGUUUGCGAGUGCAAGCCAUGAAUUCAGAACUCCGCUCAACGCUAUUAUGAACUCUUUUAAUUUCAUUGGUAUGAGUUUUGGCCACUUGGAAAGCUUCAUUGAAAAUAACAUUUCUUCACAAGAACUACAUGAUGCUGACAUCAAAGAGUGCACUGAUGGUAUUAAAAGAUUUUAAAAAGCGGAAAUAUAUCAUCCAAAUUACUUCUGGCUCUAGUAGAAGACAUCUUGAACUUGUCUAGAAUUGAUAAUGGUACUUUCACUCUCACUUAUGAAGAUUUAACAUCUCAAAACUUCUGAAAGAGGUUCAAUCUCUCUUUAUCAUUCAAUGAACCAACAAGAAUAUUGAUCUAGAUAUUGACUGUCACCAAAGCCUUCACAGGUGUGUAGUAGACUCAGACAGAAACAGGAU